CUCUACUUCAAGUUACAAUUUCACUUAGCAAGGUUGAGCUCAGUGUGGGUGAAUCCAAAUUCUUCACAUGCACAGCUAUUGGUGAACCUGAAAACAUAGACUGGUACAAUCCACAAGGAGAGAAGAUUGUUUCUAGUCAAAGAGUGAUUGUUCAGAAAGAAGGUGUUCGAUCACGUCUAACCAUAUAUAAUGCAGAUAUAGAAGAUGCUGGUAUUUAUCGGUGUCAAGCAACAGAUGCUAAAGGACAAACUCAAGAAGCCACUGUUGUUUUGGAAAUUUAUCAAAAGCUCACUUUCCGAGACAUAGUAUCUCCACAAGAGUUCAGGCAGGGAGAAGAUGCAGAAGUUAUUUGCCGUGUUACUAGUUCACCUGCGCCUGUUGUCAGCUGGUUGUAUCGGAAUGAGGAAGUCACAGCUAUUGCUGACAAUCGAUUUGCAGUGUUAGCAAAUAAUAAUCUCCAAAUUCUUAAGAUCAAUAAAAGUGAUGAAGGAGUAUACAGGUGUGAAGGAAGAGUGGAAGCCAGAGGAGAAAUUGACUUUCGGGACAUAAUUGUUAUUGUGAAUGUUCCUCCUGCAAUUACUCUGCUACAGAAAUCCUUUAAUGCCACUGCAGAUCGAGGAGAGGCAAUAAACUUGUUCUGCAGAGCCACAGGAUCACCUCCACCUGAAAUCAAUUGGUACAGGAAUGGUAAACUUAUUGAAGAAAAUGGAAAAUAUAUGUUGAGAGGAAGCAAUACAGAACUAAUAAUACGAGAUAUAAAAAAUACUGAUGCUGGUCCUUAUAUCUGUAAUGCUAAGAACAAAGCAGGAAGUGAUAAAAAACAGACAUUCCUUCAAGUUUUUGUACAGCCUCAAAUAAUACAACUUAAAAAUGAAACCACGUUUGAGAAUGGGAAAGCCACCCUCAUCUGUGAAGCAGAAGGAGAACCUAUCCCAGAGAUUACUUGGAAAAGGGCCAUUGAUGGAGUAACUUUCUCUGAAGGUGACAAGAGCCCAGAUGGCCGUAUAGAAGUCAAAGGGCAGCAUGGAAAAUCGUCACUGCAUAUAAAAGAUGUGAAGUUGUCAGAUUCAGGGAGAUAUGACUGUGAAGCUGCAAGUAGAAUUGGUGGGCACCAAAAGAGCAUGUACCUUGAUAUUGAAUAUGCUCCAACAUUUGUGUCAAAUCAAACCAUGUAUUACUCUUGGGAAGGCAAUCCCAUCAAUAUAAGCUGUGAAGUGCUAGCAAAUCCAUCUGCUUCAGUUCAGUGGAGAAGAGGAAAAUUAGUUUUACCAGUAAAAAAUACAACACAUCUGAAGACCUAUAGUACAGGAAGAAGGCUGAUUCUAGAGAUUGCUCCUACAUCUGACAGUGAUUUUGGACGGUAUAAUUGUACAGCCACAAACAGAAUAGGAACAAGGUAUCAGGAGUAUACACUUGGUCAAGCUGAUGUGCCAUCAAAUCCCUAUGGAGUACGAGUUUUAGAGUUGUCACAAACCACUGCCAAAGUUUCAUUCAAUAAACCGGAUUCACAUGGAGGUGUGCCCAUUCAUCAUUACCAAGUGGAUGUAAAAGAGGUAGCCUCAGAAACCUGGAAAAUAGUUCGCUCCCAUGGAGUUCAAACAAUGGUUAUUCUCAGCAAUUUGGAACCAAAUACAACAUAUGAAAUCAAGGUAGCUGCUGUAAAUGGAAAAGGGCAAGGAGAGUAUAGCAAAAUUGAGAUCUUUCAGACCUUACCUGUCCGGGAGCCAAGCCCUCCUUCCAUUCAUGGACAACCAGGAAGUGGCAAGAGUUUUAAACUUAGCAUAACUAAACAAGAUGAUGGAGGUGCCCCCAUUUUGGAAUAUAUUGUCAGAUACAGAAGUAAAGAUAAGGAAGACCAGUGGCUAGAGAAAAAAGUGCAGGGUAGUAGAGACCACAUCAUCUUAGAGCAUCUUCAGUGGACCAUGGGUUAUGAAGUACAAAUUACAGCUGCGAACAGAUUGGGUUAUUCUGAACCAACAUUGUAUGAAUUCAGCAUGCCACCAAAGCCCAACAUUAUUACAG